AUGGAGUUCGAAGAUAUUUUGGGGGUGAUAUACGUCACAGCGUGGUCCAUUUCUAUGUACCCACCAUUAUACAUCAAUUGGAAGCGGAAAUCUGCCAGAGCAAUUUCUCCAGAUUUUGUACUUCUAAAUCUUACAGGUUAUUUCUACCUCGUUUGUUCCUUAACUUUACAAAUGUACAAAUGGAUACCCCAUUUACAAUCGAACAUUGAACGGCCAAAAUUGACAGGGUUUGACUAUUGCUACUGCCUUCACGGGUUUAUUUUAACUGUGCUGAUCGCUUCACAACUAUUCAUGAGCAGAAGUGUUUGGCGUUUCCCCGAUACUCAUCAAUUUAGAAUGAAACCGGUCUACAAAAAAGUGCUACUACUAUCUAUAUUCUUGUUCGGAGUUUUAACGUUACAAUUUACCUACCAUAAUAUGCAAUCGGGUUGGGAUAAUGAAAGGACAUUGGCUUAUUGCAAUAACCUAUUCUUAUUGAAAAUCAGCAUGUCUCUUAUAAAAUAUAUCCCUCAAGUACUACAUAACUUUGAAAGAAAGUCAAUGCAAGGCUUUGCAAUUUCUGGUGUUUUUUUAGAUAUGACUGGUGGGAUAGCUUCAAUUGUACAAUUGAUUUUUCAAAUUCUAAAGGAAUCUGAAAUAAACCUAUCAAUUCUUAUAUCGAAUUUUGGUAAAAUAGGUCUUGCAAUGGUAACAUUGAUAUUUAAUACUAUAUUUAUAUCACAAUGGUUACUAUAUGAAAAGAAAGUAUAA